AUGAAGGUGUUGCUGGUGUCAAGCAAAAAGGACCCCUGCGCGUGGCUGGUGCCUGGCGGAGGUCUGGAGGCUGGAGAGGACACCGUCACAGCCGCCAAGAGAGAGGCCUGGGAGGAGGCUGGCAUCCAAGGAGACAUUGCUCGCUACCUCGGUCUCUUUGAGUCCUUUCACCACUCUGGAGUCAAGAAGCACCGGACUGCAGUUUACAUCUUUGUAGUCACAGAGGAACACACCGAUUUUCCUGAAGCACGACUAGGUCGUCGGAGACAGUGGUUCAGCAUGGAUGAAGCUUUACUUCAUUUGGCCCGCCACCGUCCCCUUCAAAGUGCCUACUUGCAAUUCUUAAUGAUGUCCAAACUCAAGGUAGCAGCUGCAUCCUAGAACUAGCAAGGCUGGAGACUGAUUGGCUAGAGGCAGGAGGAUUGUUAAUCAUUCAGUGUUGAGGUUAGGCAAAACAUUUACAUCUUUAGUUUUAAAGACUUUAAAUUUUUUAUAAGCUUAAGAUUACAUUUGUUCUGUUAAAAGUUCAAAUUAAAGAUUAGAUUGACAUCCACACUCAUUAAUGAUAUGUUUCUCAGCAAUUACAAGUACAUUGCUUAUUGUAAUUUUCCUGUAACAUUUGGCUCCACUACAUACUGUAUUGUUAUACCUAAGGUAGGGAGGAGAAGUUGUACAUUAUUUGUAGAAUUUUUAGACAAGUAACUUUUAUGAAAUUCUGUACUGUACUGAACUGUGCAGACAGCCAUAAGCUUUUCAGGGUCCACUCUGCAAAUGUAGUAGUACAGCAUACCAUACAUUGUUUUCUCAAAUAAAUACAAUACUACCAGGGAUUAUAUUUCAAAAUUUCAUAUGAUUACAACAAUAUUUCCUUUCAUACACUAAGAGGGUUACUUUUAUUUUGAUCACUUCAGUACUGUAUUUGCAAUAGAAUUUUGCUAGUAACAAAUGAAAUGUUGCUGGAAGAGUUAAAAUUUCUCAUACAGGUACUUCUCAUGAUUUAGCCUCACUUUGUAUUAUUUUUCAUCUGUUUAAAUACCCAUGUUUUUAGGAGGUGAAAACCAACUAAAGUCAAAUGUGUUUUUUCCUAUAAUUAUAUUUGGUAUACUGUACUGUAUAACAAAAGUUUGGUUACAUAAUUACAUUUUUGCACACAGAUUUAUGCUCUGGCAGUUGUGAUGACUCUGUGGAUAAUUAGUUUCUCAGUCAUCAUAUUUUGAUCCUAAAACAUAAUUUAUCUGUUUCACAUGACUUAUAAGCAUUCCUCCUAGCCCAGUCUUCUAACUCCUGCCUGUGGGAGCCAAUUUUUGGACAGUUAGUGCCUUGUUCCUGAAUCAUAGACAUCCCUCGGUGAACAUAUAUUGUUGUAUAUAUAAUAUUGUAAUUAUUUUUUAUACUAUAUACUUCAUGUCGGGUGCUCUUUAGUAAUGAAUAGAUUUUCUAGUAAUGAGAUAUUGUCAUUAUUUUAAUCUGGAUUGUUCGAUGAAUUCCCUUUUCAUCGAAAUACCAGUAUUUAAACCGCCAAGUUUCUGAGCUUGUUAUCGAACAACAGUUAUCAGCAUUCAACACUAUUAUUAAAGCUGCUGUUUAUAUAUUGCACUGUACAGUAU